UCCAAUUUCCAACGCAGCGCGCCGAGAAACGUGCGUACAAGUCCACUUCCAUUCCAUCACUACAUCAAUCCAUUUCUCCCUCGUACUUCAGAUUCUGAUCACUCCCUUCCCCAUUCCCUUCCUCUUCAUGGCCACCUCGAUACGCCUCCGACGCAUCUGCGCAGUAGUCGCCGUAGCCGGAGGCGCGUACUUCACCGUGCUGAGUGACCCCUCAAUUGCCUCCAGCGAACGCGGCGUCGGUGGCUCUUCAUUUACCGCCAUUAAGCAGCGAAUUGCGGACCCUUUUGCUGCCGUCCCCUCACGGACAGUCCAGGAGUCGGCUUUGAUGGGGUCUAGCUCUGUUAACCCCCUCGACAUACUUGUUGUCGGCGGAGGCGCCACCGGCUGCGGCGUCGCGCUCGACGCCGUCACGCGGGGGCUUCGCGUUGGGCUUGUGGAGCGCGAGGAUUUCUCAUCUGGGACUUCGUCGAGGUCCACUAAACUCAUUCAUGGAGGAGUUCGCUAUUUGGAGAAAGCUGUUUUUAACUUAGAUUAUGGACAGCUGAAACUGGUCUUCCAUGCGCUUGAGGAGCGUAAACAAGUUAUCGACAAUGCUCCCCACCUCUGCCAUGCUCUGCCAUGUAUGACACCAUGUUUCAACUGGUUUGAUGUGGUUUACUACUGGAUGGGGUUGAAAAUGUAUGAUCUGGUAGCUGGCCGACGCCUGCUACACUUGUCUAGAUACUAUUCCGCACAGGAGUCAGUUGAACUAUUUCCAACACUAGCAAGAAAGGGAAAAGAUCGGAGCUUGAAAGGAGCUGUGGUUUAUUACGACGGACAGAUGAAUGACUCGCGUCUAAAUGUGGCAUUAGCAUGCACUGCUGCUUUAGCUGGUGCAGCCGUACUCAAUCAUGCAGAAGUAGUAUCCUUUCUUAGGGAUGAGGGCACUGGACGGGUAAUCGGUGCUCGUAUAAGAAACAACUUAUCAGGAAAGGAGUUUGAUACGUAUGCAAAAGUUGUUGUGAAUGCUGCUGGUCCGUUCUGCGACUCUGUCAGGAAGAUGGCAGAUAAGGAAGCAAAGCCGAUCAUCUGUCCCAGCAGUGGUGUCCAUAUUGUGCUUCCUGAUUAUUAUUCUCCAGAAGGAAUGGGCUUGAUUGUUCCCAAAACCAAGGAUGGCCGUGUUGUGUUCAUGCUUCCCUGGCUGGGGAGAACAGUUGCUGGCACCACCGACUCAAACACCAGUAUUACCAUGCUACCAGAACCUCAUGAGGAUGAGAUUGAAUUUAUCUUAGACGCCAUCUCUGAUUACCUCAAUGUUAAGGUGCGGCGCACAGAUGUUUUGUCAGCGUGGAGUGGCAUUCGACCAUUGGCUAUGGAUCCUAAAGCUAAAAGUACAGAGAGCAUCUCCAGGGAUCACAUUGUGUGUGAAGAUUAUCCUGGUUUAGUUACAAUUACAGGCGGAAAGUGGACUACGUAUAGAAGCAUGGCAGAGGAUGCAGUCGAUGCAGCUAUAGAGUCCGGAAAGUUGAGCCCGACAAACAAGUGUGUUACAUACAACCUGCAACUUGUAGGAUCUGAUGGAUGGGAUCCUGCAUCUUUCACCAUACUAGCUCAGCAGUAUGUGCGCAUGAAGAGAUCGUAUGGUGGAAAAGUUGUUCCAGGUGUAAUGGACACUACUGUAGCCAAGCAUUUAUCACAUGCCUAUGGUACCUUUGCAGAACGAGUGGCUGCUAUUGCUCAGAACGAAAACAUGGGGAAGCGACUUGCCCAUGGAUACCCCAUCCUAGAAGCUGAGGUUGCAUACUGUGCCCGGCAUGAGUACUGUGAAUCAGCAGUGGACUUCAUAGCCAGAAGGUCUCGUCUUGCUUUUCUGGACACCGAUGCCGCCAGGAGGGCAGUGCCUCGUGUCAUUCAAAUAUUGGCUGCUGAACACAAAUGGGAUAAGUCAAGGCAAAAGCAGGAAUUGCAGAAGGCUAAAAUGUUUCUGGAAACCUUCAAGUCAUCAAGAAAUGCUCAGUUUCACGAUGGCAAACACAACUAGAAUAUGUUCCUCUAGUUGUGAAUACAAGAAAAGAGCUUAGUUGGCCCAACACUUGUGGAAAUACUCGUUUUUUCAGCUUGGAAAUAUUACACUUAAUAUACUGCCAAACCCAUCUCCGAUGCUUCCCUAGGGAUGUAAAAUAACGUCCUUUCAGAUGUAGAUGGAUUACAACGUGUAUCGGUUCUCAUCGUUCAUAAAGUGAAAUGUUGUGUUCAUUUUGCGAAAAAAAGCUGUGCAUGAGAAUAAGGGACUGCAAAGUGUGGUGAAAAGAAGCGAUCUUUUUAAUCA